CUGCAGCAGCAAGCACACGCGCCGAGAAGUAGAUCACCAAGACAACCGGGGAAAUCACAACUGUCCUCAUCCAGGUUUACUGAACGGAGAAGUUCAUCAAGAGUAUCGGUUACAACCGCUGUAAUUCGAGAAGAAGCAAGUCUGCUGAUUCAACGAAGAGACCAUGUCCAAGGGACCAGCUGUAGGCAUUGACCUGGGCACUACCUACUCUUGUGUGGGAGUGUUUCAGCACGGGAAAGUUGAGAUCAUUGCUAAUGACCAGGGAAACCGGACCACGCCCAGUUAUGUGGCCUUUACUGACACAGAGAGGCUGAUUGGAGAUGCAGCCAAGAACCAGGUGGCCCUCAAUCCCAACAACACCGUUUUUGAUGCAAAGCGGCUUAUUGGGCGUCGUUUUGACGAUAGCGUUGUCCAAUCAGACAUGAAACACUGGCCCUUCACCAUCAUCAAUGAUAGCUCGAGGCCCAAAGUGAAAGUGGAGUACAAAGGGGAGACGAAGACCUUCUACCCGGAGGAGAUCUCCUCCAUGGUGCUGCUGAAGAUGAAGGAGAUUGCUGAGGCAUACCUUGGCAAGACUAUAACAAAUGCCGUGGUGACUGUGCCUGCCUACUUCAAUGACUCUCAGCGCCAGGCCACCAAAGACGCUGGGACCAUUUCUGGGCUCAAUGUUCUGCGUAUCAUUAACGAGCCGACGGCUGCUGCCAUUGCUUACGGUUUGGACAAAAAGGUGGGAUGCGAGAAGAACGUCCUCAUCUUCGACCUGGGCGGCGGCACUUUCGACGUCUCCAUCCUGACCAUCGAGGACGGCAUCUUCGAGGUGAAGGCCACGGCGGGCGACACCCACCUGGGCGGCGAGGACUUCGACAACCGCAUGGUGAACCACUUCAUCUCCGAGUUCAAGCGCAAGUACAAGAAGGACAUCAGCGACAACAAGAGGGCGGUGCGUCGCCUGCGCACGGCCUGCGAGCGGGCCAAGCGCACGCUGUCUUCCAGCACGCAGGCCAGCAUCGAGAUCGACUCCCUGUACGAGGGCAUCGACUUCUACACGUCCAUCACCAGGGCGCGCUUCGAGGAGCUGAACGCGGACCUGUUCCGCGGAACGCUGGAGCCCGUGGAGAAGUCUCUCCGAGACGCCAAGAUGGACAAGGCUCAGAUCCACGAGAUCGUCUUGGUGGGAGGCUCAACCCGCAUCCCAAAGAUCCAGAAGCUCCUGCAGGACUUUUUUAACGGGAAGGAACUCAACAAGAGCAUCAACCCUGACGAGGCGGUGGCGUACGGUGCAGCUGUCCAGGCGGCCAUCUUGUGCGGAGACAAAUCCGAGAAUGUUCAGGACCUGCUGCUGUUGGACGUGACGCCCUUGUCUCUGGGCAUUGAGACGGCAGGCGGCGUCAUGACCGUGCUGAUCAAGAGGAACACCACCAUCCCCACCAAGCAGACCCAGACCUUCACAACUUACUCCGACAACCAGCCUGGCGUGCUCAUUCAGGUGUUUGAGGGCGAAAGGGCCAUGACCAAAGAUAACAACCUCCUCGGGAAAUUUGAGCUGACGGGAAUACCGCCAGCUCCUCGCGGGGUCCCUCAGAUUGAGGUGACGUUCGAUAUCGACGCUAACGGCAUCAUGAACGUCUCCGCCGUCGACAAGAGCACCGGGAAGGAGAAUAAAAUCACCAUCACAAACGACAAAGGCCGCUUGAGCAAAGAGGAUAUCGAGCGCAUGGUUCACGAAGCGGAGACGUACAGGGCCGAAGACGACUUCCAGCGAGAAAAGGUGGUGGCCAAGAACAGCCUGGAGUCCUACACCUUCAACAUUAGGUCCACCGUAGAGGACGAGAAGCUGAAGGACAAGAUCAGCGAAUCGGACAAGAAGAAGAUCCUGGACAAAUGCAACGAGGUCAUCAGCUGGCUCGACAAAAAUCAGACUGCAGAGAAAGAGGAGUUUGAGCACCAGCAGAAGGAGCUUGAGAAGUUGUGCAACCCGAUUAUGACCAAGCUGUACCAGAGUGAAGGACAGAUGCCAGGAGCUGGUGCGCCCCGAACAGGAGGGGUCUCGGGCCCCACCAUAGAGGAGGUCGACUAAGCUGCACUGAAGCCUCAACAGAUGUUCUUUCUUUAUGUUCGAUGUCACAGACGGCCUUAUUCAUAUUUCCAAUGCAUGUUCUGAAAAGUAAACAAAUAAUUACUGUCCUCUGGACAUUGUUUAUCUGUUGUUGUUUUUUUAAACUCUCUGCGAGUUUCUAAGUUAAAAUGGUUAAUGUUUAUAUUGCCUCAAAGUAUUUCUGUUGAUUACUUUGAGAUGAAGUUGUAUGUUGCACAGUUCUUCACCAAAAGAAGAAUGAAUAAAUAAAUAAAUAACUUUGGACUCAUUUUA